CAUCUUCGCGUUUCUUGUCCAUCGAGGCGACCUGUAGAGCCGACUACGGCAAGCGCCGCGGCUCAUGUAUUGUUUCGCGUUUAUAAAAUCCGUCAUUUAAAUUAAAAGGGAGGAGGCGGAGGGGGAGACUCCACGGCGGAUGUCUGUAACGUCGCCGCUGCUGCUGCUGCAUCUACUACCGCUGCCGCGUCUACUACCGCUGCCGCCUCUGCUGCUGCGUCGAGGCGUGCGACCCGCUGCGUCGAGGCUCCUCGCAAUGGCCAGCGCCGCCGCUGACGGGACCCGCGGAGCGGAGUCGCCGCCCUGGAGGGUUCUGCUGACCCGCAGAGUCCCCGACUCCGGAGUCGGGGGCCCUGGAGGCGAGCGGGCAGUGCGAGGUGCAGCAAUGGGACAGCGAUGACCAGAUUCCGCAGGAGGAGCUCCUCCGUCGGGUGCCAGGAAUCCACGGCCUCUACUGCCUGCUCACCGACCGCGUCGACGCCGCCGUGCUGGACGCCGCCGGUCCAAGCCUCAAGGUGAUCAGCACCAUGUCGGUGGGGUUCGAUCACCUCUCUCUGGACGAGUGCAAGAAGAGGGGCAUCCGUGUCGGCUACACCCCCGACGUCCUGACGGACGCCACCGCCGAGCUCACCGUGGGGCUGCUGCUCGCCACGUCACGGAGGCUGGUGGAGGCUGCGGCCGAGGUCAAGAGUGGAGGAUGGGGCACGUGGAAGCCCAUGUGGAUGUGUGGCCAGGGUCUGAGUGGCAGCACUGUGGGUGUGGUGGGGCUGGGCCGCAUUGGGAUGGCGGUGUGCGAGCGUCUCAAGCCGUUCGGCGUGCGGCGAGUGCUGUACACGGGACGUAACCCAAAGCCGGACGCGGAGCGGAGGCUGGACGCUCAGUUCUUGCCGCUGCAGGGGCUGCUGCGGGAGGCCGACUUCGUGGUGGUGAGCUGUGCGCUCACGGACGCCACUCGGGGGCUCUUUGGCCGCGAAGCGUUCGCCCGCAUGAAACGCUCCGCCGUGUUCAUCAACGUCAGCCGGGGCCUCAUCGUGAACCAAGAUGACCUCUACGAUGCCCUGACGUCGGGGGAGAUCGCGGCGGCCGGGCUGGACGUAACCACUCCGGAGCCCCUGCCCACCGACCACCCUCUUCUCAGCCUCAGCAACUGUGUGAUCAUGCCGCACAUUGGGAGCGCCGCGAUCGACACGCGGAGCAAGAUGGCCGUGAUGACUGCCGAGAACCUUCUGGCCGGACUCAGGGGAGAGCCGAUGCACGCCGAGCUCAAGCUGCCGCUCUAGCGGCGUCGUCGCCGCCGCCGCCGCCGCCCGCACGCGGUGACAGCAUUCGGGCUUGGCGCUGCUAUCUGAGCAGAUGCCCGAAUCGGUUUAGUGACUGCUGCGUCCACAAAUAACCCGAUUGUUUGUCCCCGCUAAUUGCUGCUUUUGUCAUUGCUCCUCUCGGUGUGGCGCUUGGUGCCCAGCGAUUGGCGAUGGUCAUGCUGCAUGGUCAGAGAGGAGGACUUUAACAAAGCAACUCCACAGGGAAUUUCUGGCUUUUUGAAUAUAUGUGAAUACGGAAGAAAUGGGAAUCUCUUAGUAUAACAGGAUCAUCAACUUAUGCACUUCGAAUAACCCGUGCCAAGUAAGCAUUUUGCAUGCUCUGAAUAUUUCUCAUCGCCCUUGCCAAAAAUGUUCCAUCAUAAUUUCCUUGCUGAUGACUCUCAACUGGAUGUCUCCAUGGUCUACACAAACCCAACCUCACUGUCCACUCUCGCAUUCUAUCAUGACGUGGUCUCAUCUCGGAUCGGUUCUAUAACUUCCUGCAGAUUAAUUUUACCAAAAACUCAUCUACUCAUCAUCAUCAUCAGAAUCUGAAUAUGUGUUUAUACUGGAGGAAUCCAAUGAGCUAUAAGGCUCUUGUUCACAGAUAUCCAGUAGGGGCAGGUCAGAACGUUACAACAAACAAUACAAAAA